CCGCCCGGCGGCGCGGUGCGCGGUGCGCGGCAUCGCCGCGGUCCCCGGCGGGGCCGUGCGCGGGGAGGAUGGGGCGGUGGCGGGGCCGGGCGCGGGGCGUCGCGGUGGCGGUGGCGCACGGGCUGUGCUCGGGCUCGCUGAACAUCCUGCUGAAGUUCCUGCUGGCCCGCUACCACUUCGCGUUCCUGACGCUGCUGCAGUGCCUGAGCAGCGCGGCGGCGGCGCUGGGGCUGGAGGCGCUGCGGCGGAGGGGGCUGGCGGCGCUGCCGCCCUUCGGACCCCGCCUGGCGCGCCCCUUCGCCGCCGUGGCCGCUCUGGCCACGCUGCAGUCCACCCUCACCCUCUGGUCGCUGCGCGGCCUCAGCCUCCCCAUGUACGUCGUCUUCAAGCGCUGCCUGCCCCUCGUCACCCUCCUCACCGGCGCCCUGGUGCUCCGCGACGGCAUGCCCUCCCCCGGCGUCCUCGUCGCCGUCCUCAUCACCACCUGCGGCGCCGCGCUGGCCGGAGCUGGUGACCUGACUGGGGAUGCUAUGGGCUAUGUGACAGGUGUGCUGGCUGUACUGAUACAUGCUGCUUACCUGGUGCUCAUUCAGAAGACCAGUGUAGAUAGUGAAUAUGGACCCCUGACAGCUCAGUACGCCAUUGCUGUGUCGGCCACCCCUUUUCUCAUCAUCUGCUCCUUUGCCAGCAUGGAUUCCAUCAACGUCUGGUCCUUCCCAGGCUGGAAGGACCCAGCCAUGGUAUGCAUCUUUAUCGCUUGUGUCCUGAUCAGCUGUGCCAUGAAUUUUACCACCCUCCACUGCACUUACAUUAACUCGGCUGUGACUACCAGCUUCGUAGGGGUGGUGAAGAGCAUAGCAACCAUCACUGUGGGCAUGGUAGCAUUCAAUGAUGUGGAACCCACAAAGCUAUUUAUAGCCGGUGUUGUGGUCAACACCUUGGGGUCUAUCAUUUACUGCGUGGCCAAAUACUUUGAGACCAGACGGCAGAGCAAUUAUGAGGACCUGGAGAAAGAAGCUAGAGAAGAGGAAGGGAAAAGGCAGGCUGGGGAUCAAGCACUCUUCGCAAUGGAGGCAAUUUCCCAGGAGAAGGGGGCUGAGGAAACAGCAGUGGAAGGAUCAGGCACGGAGGACAGCCAAAGCAGCAAGGAGGAGAAGGACAGCACCAAGAAACCUGCCAAGGGACCGGCGGUUCAGGGAAAAACCACUGGCACACAAGAAGAGAACAGGAGCUCACUGAAGGAUGCCUAUCUUGGAGUAUGGAGGUUGGUGAGGGGUGCUAGUUAUAUGAAGAAGGAUUAUUUGAUAGAAAACGAAGAACUACCAAACCCUUAAAAAGCAGAUUUGAAAACCUAUUUCUUGAGGACAGACACCUGGUUCUCUGUACAUUUCCACAUCAAUGCUGACAAAUCCAAAUCGUGUAAGAUAACUUUACCUCAUUGUCAAAAAGCGAAAGAUCAGCUUUUUGAACAUUUAUUCAUGCUUUGGGCUUGCUUUCAGCUGCUUCCAGUACAUCAGUUUAGACCCACCACAGCUAAAGGUGCCAAGUCCUCUGCAGUGGAUACAGAGAGAGCUGGGUAAUGGCAAGUCAUGGGCUGCUUGCCCAGCAGCCUUGACCAUGGGGGACACCAGUACCAUUAAGUUAGUCGGCAGUGCCAGUGACACAGCGGUGGCUUGUAGCUUAGCUUGUGUCUGAAGCCUCGUGAUUGUAAUACCAUUUGAAAGCUCUGUCGAUACGCUUCCGUAUCUGUAUCCAUCCAAUUGUAGGUACUCAAUAUACAUUCCCACAAUAUAUAAGCUCCUUUUAACUGCACUUUGAUGUGCUCCUCUGUGUCAGUGCAAUUGCAACAGAGCUAGAGGUUGUGCCACUUCAAUUAUAUUGGUGUAACAUCACCCUUUAACUGGAGAAUUCAGACUCCCCCUGAUUCUGUGGUCAGGCUGUGCCUUGGACCUGGUUUACAUUGGGUGGUUUGUGUCUUCAGUAGAAAUACUUUUGCCUUGUGGUGGUGUACAUGACAGCAGAACCAGAUCUGAACUUUUGAGAAGCUGUGGUCAGCAAAAGAAGGACGUUUUUCUAUGAGCUUUAAAAAAAAUGUAGCUUUGGGAAUAUUAGUUUGACUCAAAUAAAAGGGAUUGGAAGUCUUGAACUGUAUUGAUUUGGUUUAGAAGGCCUAUAAAAAAAUGAGGAGACAGUGAGUGCCUUGUGCUAUCCUUUCCUUGUACCCUGACACUGGGUAUAUCAGAGCCUGGCCUGGACCCUAGGUGUCCUCUCCACCUCCCUCUCGCAUGAAUACAAGCUGAUAGAACCGGGGAUACCACCUCUGCCUGGGUUCCCAGGAGUGCUUUUGCAGGACAGGUUUGCAGUAUCCUGGCUGCAUGUCGGGACGUGGCUUUGUGCACGUCGGUCCUCGUUGUCCCUGCACUGGGCUGCCCAGUGGAAGAAAGCACGGGCAGGCAGGUGGGAGCUGCGGUGUGCUCUGGCAGAUCGCACAGUCGAGCGCUUCUAGGCAAGGAUGAUCAGUGCAUUUAGCACUGAGACAUCCAUAGCUUUGGUGGAAGCUGUUUCCCUGCACCCAGGCUGUCCCUAUGGACUGUGAGGGAUAGCACUGCCUCUGCCCUGGUCUUUCCAGCGCUCCUGUGGGCAGUGGGAAGCUUACCCUCCAGUGGGGCCUUUACUGAACAUGCUGAUAUUUUGUUCCACGUGCAUUUAACAGGAAAGACUGGGGAAACAAGGUUUUGAGUAUUUCUUAGCCUGGGGAUACCCUUUUGGGAGGUGGGAGUCCUCAGGUCAAACAUUUGCUCAGAACCACGCAGAGAAGAUAUUUGACUGAGUUUUCCUCAUCCCAAAAAGGUACUCUUGACCACAGGCUGAAACAAGUUGUUAUCCUCUCCUGACAAAACGAACCAAGUUUGUUACUGUUGUUAUUAUUGUUAUUAUUAUUUAUGAAGCCAUUGAACUGAAAAUCAAUUAUUCUCACUGCUCUAAUUGAUCAGUGCCUAGCCCAAUGCCUUCUCAAGCCAAGCAGGCUGCAUUAGUCUCAUGGCGUGUUCAGCACUGAAAUCCCAAAUGAGCAAUUUACACAGCAGGGAAUAUUUGUAGAACUGAUCUGUGGGGGAGCUUUAGAUUCUUGUCAAUAAAUGCAGGCAGAAACAGUGGGUACAACAGUGUAGUUUUGGAGUUAGUGCAGAAGUGCAGUGACCUGGCAUCACCCAUGAAUUUUGAAAGAGGCGGCUAAAAAGACUACGGGCUAAAAGCCUGUGGCUGCUGAGCUGGAGGACAAGGCAUGGAGAUCUGUACAUGACAUGUUACCGUGUAGCUUGUUGAAUGUUGAGAGAUACUGGCUAUGUGCCGAAAUACAAUGUUUACUUUGUGCUCAAGCUCCAUACAGCAUCUUUUGCAAUAAAAGCACUAUUUAUUGUUUAUAGGCUAAUAUAAUAGGGGUUUUGUUAGUUUUUCAAAUGUAUUCUAGACUAAAGAAAUUUGUGCCUAUAACAUAUUUAUUGUAUUACUGAACUCAUUAUGGUAUUAAACUGCUUUGUAAUUGUACAGAUGGCUGAAGAGAAACACACGUUUCUGAUCUGUACUCACUGUGCUCAGUAUUUUCUGUCCACAAGAAACGUGGUUCUUUUUACCACCUGGAUCCCCUAGCCUUAGAUCCCCUAGUAUACACUUCGUGUUUGGCACAUGCUGUAGAAAGCUCUCCCUCUGGACUCAUGUUGCAGGACUUUUCCCUGAGGGAAUUCAAUGUUUUGCUGCUUGCUGUUGUUGAAGUAAUAGAAACUUGCGGAAAUUCAAACAGUUUUGACUGUUAAAAAAGCUGCUGUUACAAUGUUGUAUAUUUGCAUGUAUAGUCAAAAUGUGAUUAUAUUGUAUUCUGUUUAUACCUGUAAAUUCCCUAAAUUAAAAUGGGAAUUUGGCAAAUACAAUCCAUUUUUUUCAGUAGCAGAGACUCGCACAAUAAAAUAAAAGUACUGCCUCGUGCUGAGGUAUUUUAAAAGCAUCAGCGGAAGGCUGCAGAAUGAGAUUUGGGAAUAAAAUGUGCUGCUUUCCAAAAGUCUGGUUUUCUUAUUGUUGCUGCUCUGGGAUGCUCGUUUUUGGUUAAUUUAUCGUUAUUCUUGUGCCUUUAUACCAUCCAAGUUUCCUCAACAUGUGACCACACACUAUAAAUACCAUCAUGGACAGAGGGACUGGGGACAGACAAAGGAACACAGGAAUCUAAAGUGGCUGAGUCCUCCGUACAGCUUGAAGUUUCUGUGAUUCUCAGUAGUGAUUUCUUUGGUUACAUAUUUAAGAUAAUUUAGUGUCACUAGUGUAACUGCUGUAACUUUAGAAUAAAGAAAAAUAUGAUUAUGCUUGUUAUUAGUAGUUGUAAAAUCAUUGCAUUAUUAAAGGACUUAAAUAUCGAUUUUAUUUUACGAUGUUAAGUAUUUGUAUUACCAGCUAUGUCACACAGCAACCCGAGGAGAUAACUUAAGCAUUAAUUUUUACGUGUUUGCUUUGGAUUUUUAUCUGUCUGUAAUGUGCCCCUGGCUGAAACUGGAUUGUACCAGGCAGUGGGGCUGGUGAUUGUUGCAGGAUUCAUCUUAGAGCUCCAUAGAAGUGUGCUUGCUGGAUGGUUUGGAGAAAGAAGCUGUCCUUGUUCCAGGAUAAUGAAUGAACCUGAUGCACAAUGGCUGCUUGGAGAAUAAACAUUAAUUUCAGUGUCAACACGUCAUCGAGUAACACCUGCUCCAG